UUGUCUCCCGUGCGUAAUGAGCGUGCGUCAGGAUCAUGCGUUUGGUUCCUUCUCGUCAACUUCACUUAUCGAGUUUCUGCUGUCGACCGGAGCGGCCAACACAUUUCCACUUUUUGCGCUCACGGGUUUCAGAAAAGUUUGAUAGCAUAACAUCUGGAAUAAUUUGAGCCUUGAGUUGUUGGAUGAUGGAUUCACGGAUUAUUCUCCCCGUUCUCCUGUUCGUCUUCGGUUUGGCGACAGUUUUAGCCCAGACUUCCGCACCUGGCCAAGCUUGUGAGUUGAAAAAUGGGACGAGCUGUGAGGAAUGUCUGAAAAAUGUGUCGUGCUUGUGGUGUAUCACAAAAAAGUCAUGUGUAACAUAUCCAGUGAAGACCAUCCUUCCACCGCAUGCACUCUGCCCACUGAACGAUGCACGCUGGGGGCUCUGCUGGAUGAACUUCCAGGCGUUGAUUAUCACCAUGGCAGUGGUUGGUGGCAUUAUCAUCAUCGCCUUCCUGAUCUGUCUGUUCUGCUGCUGCAAGUGUGAGAACUUUGGAUCCAAAAGGUUCGAGGCCAAGAUGCAGAGACAGGCCAAUAAGACGAAAACCAAGCAGGAAGAAAGGAAAGCGGAGAUGAAACAGAGACACGAGGAAAUCAGGAAUAAAUACGGUCUGCGUGGACCAAAUCCAUACUCUAAAUUUUCAUGAGAUGAUCUGUGAACUGAGGUGCACUUCUGUUUUCUGAACUCAGACAUCAACAUCGAUAAGAUAAUUUUGGAAAAGCGAUAGUGGUUAUUGUACAGAAAGCCUCUGGCCUCAUCCAGCUAGUGAAUAGGAAUGUUACAUUCGAUGUAAUGACCCAAGAGGUUGCAAAGGCUAGAGCACAUGUAAAUGUAGCAGCAGUGUUCUUGACUAUAGUAGUCUGUACUGGAGCUCUUAUAGCAACAGUCUGCUUAGAUGAUUUCUAAGCUUUAGUCUUAAUUGUACAGAAUGAAAAGAAUCAAAUUUAGUUACUGAACAAAUCUGAACAAAUCUUUCCUUUUUUCUUAAGAAAAUCAUCUGCAAGUGUUCAGGUUUCAUCUGUCUUGUUUCUCUUAGUUGCUGUUGAUUUUCUAACCAUUUUUUGUUUUGUUUAAAUUGCAUAGCUGUUCUGAGAUGUACUUGUCGAAGGCCAUUUGUAUUGUGCUAUUGUUGGUUAUUAGGUUUGUAAAAACAAAAACUAUGAAGUCAAAAUAAAAUCUGAAUUUUCUAAAGUAAUCAUUAACUUAAAUGAGAAAUGUGUUGAUCCUAAAGUCAGAUUGAAAGCUGCCUAAUUCUACAUUUACCUGUAUAUCCUAAUAAAAGAGUGGACGGAUAAUUAAGUCCUUCAGUAGCACUGGACAUGUUUUGCCUGUGUUGUACUUUUAAUAAAAUGUUUGCGAAAGUGAAAA